UUCCCGUAAUGCCCCGCGCCGAGCCGCCGCGGUUGCCAGGCAAUGCACCAUCCUUGGCGCCGGUCGCGUAGAGUUCCGCUCGGCCAUGGGGCCGCAGCGCCUCCCGCCGCUCCUGCUUAUGCUCCUGGAUUGCUGGGCCUCCGUGAGCGCCCAAAGCAGGGCAGCUCCGCCUGUGACGACGGAAGGCCUCAACUCUACGCAGGCAGCCGGGACGACUCUCCGACCCGCCUUGUCUCCUAGGCCCUCUGGAACCCCCAAGGCCCCCGUGCCCUCCACCGGCCCCAGGCCCACGCCGGUCACGGACGUUGCUGCUCUGUGUGUCUGUGACCUGGCUCCAGCACAGUGUGACGUCAACUGCUGUUGUGAUCCUGAUUGCAGCUCCAUGGAUUUCAGCGUUUUUUCUGCCUGUUCAGUUCCGAUUGUCACGGGCGAUAGUCACUUUUGUAGUCAAAAAGCAGCCAUCUACUCAUUGAAUUUUACAGCAAAUCCACCUCAAAGGGUAUUUAAACUUGUCGACCGGAUUAAUCCAUCUAUAUUCUGCAUUCAUAUUACAAACUAUAAACCCGCGUUAUUCUUUAUUAAUCCAGAAGUGCCUGAUGAAAAUAAUUUUGAUAAAUUGAUGAAAACAUCUGAUGGUUUUUCCUUGAAAGAAUCAGAGAUUUCUUUCGAAACCCAGUCGGACAUUCCAGCUACUGCUAAAUAUAAGUAUGGGGCUCGUCUGCAGACUUCAGAUUCAUUUUUGAGAUUUCCCUCUCCCCUUAUGUCAUCUCUGUGCACUGAUGAUAACCCUGCAGCAUUUCUGGUGAACCAAGCUGUUAAGUGCACCAGAAGGAUAAAUUUGGAACAGUGUGAAGAAAUUGAAGCCCUGGGCAUGGCUUAUUACAGCAGCCCUAAAAUUUUGAGGGUGCCUGGUUUAAGAACAAAGGCAGAGAUCCCUAUCACUGUUCAGUCCAUCCUCAUUCAGUCUCUGAAUAAAACGCUAACCCGACUGGAGGACUCGGUUGUAUUGAACCAGACUCUUGUUGAGGCUGGGGAUGUUAAAAUCUGCACUAAUGUCGUUCUUGAGGUCAAGUACAGCCUCACAUACACAGAGGCAGGGGAGAUAGCGCAGGCUGGCCUUGCUCUCCUUCUGGGGACAGUGAGCGGGCCAGUGGUUCCACUCGAGCAGAAGUUUGAAAUUCAUUUCAUUCAGCAAAAUACAAAGCCAAUUCCUCUCAGUGGAAACCCUGGUUAUGUUGUGGGGCUCCCAUUAGCUGCUGGAUUUCAGCCUCAGAAGGGAUCUGGGAUUAUUCAGACCAUGAACAGAUUUGGACAACUUACUAUUCUUCGUAGCACAGCCGAGCAAGACUGCUUAGCAGUCGAGGGGAUCCGGACCCCAGUAUUAUUUGGUUAUGAUAUGCAGUCUGGCUGUAAACUAAGACUGCCCAAAGCCAUCACGUGCCAGCUCGCAGUGCAGAAAGUGAAAAACCUCCUGAAGGGCCAAGGCUUCCCAGAUUAUGUGGCCCCUUUUGGAAAUUCGCAGGCCCAGGAUGUGUUGGACUGGGUACCGGUCCGCUUCAUCACCCAGGCAUCCCACAUGAAGGAUUCUUGCCAGCUCCCGAUGGCUUUGGUGAUAGAAGUGAAGUGGACUAAAUACGGGUCCUUACUGAAUCCACAGGCUAAAAUAGUAAAUGUGACUGCAAGUCUCCUCUCAUCCUCCUUUCCUGAGACCAACUCAGGAAAUGAGAGGACGGUUCUCCUUUCCACUGCGGUUGCUUUUGUGGAUGCAUCUGCCCCUGCGGAGGCAGGCUUCAGAGCUCGGCCAACCAUCAAUGCCAGGCUGCCGUUUAAUUUCUUCUUUCCGUUUGUUUGACGCCCCAUGGAAAUGAAUACAAAAAUAGCAAAGUAUUGUAUGUGAAAUCAUGCGUGCGAGUAGAGUACUCGGCCUCAUGAGGGGAUCUUCCCCCAGUGUCAUCUUCAUUACAUGGAGUCUUGGGUCUAAUUGCUGUUUCUGUGGCAGGCACUGGAGCUCUCCAUCUCGUGGUCUGUAUGGGAUGCUACAGAGUGGUUCCAAGCAGUUGAUGCUGGAAAGAAUAGAGUAGGAGGGCCCGAGGGGAGGAGUUUCUUUUAUACGUUAAUUGUACAGUAAUUGAGAAAAACGUUGUCAGGUGGCAGAACAAGGUAGAGCCAGUUAGAAGCUGGAGGCUGCAGAGGAGGGGGCUGGGUACCUGAGAACAACCUCUCUGGGGGAAUCUGCACGAAGAGGAGCUGUUAAGACUUUUCUAGAAUGGGCUAGUAGCUAAGGUAGCUUCCUUUUUUUCUUUUGUCUUUCAGAAUGCUCAUAUGAAAUGAUGCACUGGUUCCUCAUACAUGCGAAAUGUGAAAAGUACAUUUGAUGAGAUUAAAUUUUAUAUACAAGU